GCUUAAGCAAAUGAAUCGUCUUUUUUUCAGUCGGAGGCUAUGUGCAAAGAUUUUGGAAAGACCGUUCAAGUCAAAACAGCUGGAAUGUAAGCCAACCUUUAAGCACUACUACGUAAAGUGCGGAGACAAGCUCUGUCAAGCUGUAAGGUUGGUUUAUGAAAAUCACUAUAAAGAGGUGACAACUCGAGGAACCAGUGAAGUUUAUUCAUGCUGCCCUGGAUGGACUUUGAUCACAAAUAGGAGUCAUGGAUGUAACAAGCCUGUUUGCUCAAAGCCCUGCCUGAAUGGAGGAAAAUGCGUUAGACCUGAACUCUGCGCCUGUUUACCAGGAUUCAGUGGCCCGCAGUGCGAAAACACAGACAGCAUAGCAGCAGUGACUUGUAGCAAACCAUGUCUGAAUGGGGGAAAAUGCUCAAAGCAUGGUAUCUGCAGUUGUCUAAAGGGAUACAGUGGCGUACACUGCGAAAUUGAUAUGAAAACUCACUGCCCGUUCAGUUGUUUGAAUGGAGGUACUUGCGUGAGUGGUGAAUGCGCGUGCCGUAGGGGAUUCACAGGCAGGCGCUGCGAGCGUGAUAUUGACGAAUGCAUAGAAGAGAAACCCUGCGACCAAAUCUGUCACAAUACGCACGGGAGCUUCCGAUGUCAAUGCAGAGAAGAUUUCGUCUUGCAACCUGACGAACAAAGCUGCAAGAAGGAAAACGACGAUGGAGGCAUAGAAGCUAAAGACCUGGAAUUUGAGCUUUUGGAUAAAAGACUGUUGAAAUUAGAAACAAUGAUGGGUGAAAGCCACAAAAAUGACGUUUCCAAGGAUGACUUGCGUAACGUGUACAGGGACAUUAACCAUAUCUCGGAAGAUGUUAGCGACCUUAAGAAUAAAAUAAACGAUAUGGAAAACUACAAGAGUGAUCUGCACGUUUUCAAAAGUAAGCUGAGUUACAUAGAAAAGAAAGCUGAAAAAGUGGAUGAUCUCAUGUUAAAAUAUGACCGAAUGAAAAAAUGUGCCUUUAAUAAUAAAAUUUGUAUUUGAAUGACUGACAUGUGUUGUAAAUAUUAAUGUAUAAUUGUUAGAAAUAAUUCGAAAACCUAGCUUUAAACCACUGCCACGUUAAUUUUUAUACCUAUUUAUAAUAAAGAGUUUCUACAAAAACGUGCAAUCAUAUCACCUAAAAGGAAGGUCUGUAUAUAGCAAGAUAAAACACAGAUCAAAUGUUGAGGGGUAUAUCCGCUAAUUUUUAGGUGAAGUAAGUUGUAUACAACAUAAUACCCUCCCCCCUGAAUUCAAG